CACACUUUGUUUGUGUGCGACAGUGGCAUAGACUCCGUCCGAGCUGCAGCUCUAAGCGGCAGCCAAAGACCGCAACCGUAGAAGGAAAACUGGCGAUUAGUGCUCGCCAGCUCUUGGCUGUUGUAGGCAGUGUGCCAGCCCGGUUAUUAAAAGAAAGAAAGCCACGAAAUUACGACGCAGCGAAGCGAAAUUCGAAAGCGACUAUUAAAAUUCGAACAUACUAAGCGGACGAAGUCAACUACUGACUGUAAGUGGUGUACUGAUGUGACUGACAGUGGAGUUUGUAGUUGGUCGGUUAGUUGUCUGUAACGGUGCCGAAAAGAAAGUUGUUUGUUGGUAAAUAGCGCAACAACGCAACAACGCGAAAUCUUGCAUUGUCUUGGUCAAAUUAUAGUUCGUUAUUUCGCUAUACAAACUCAAACUCAACGCGUACGACUAUGCCGGAUGAGCUGCCGCACCCACUGCUGCAAGAAGACGAGGAGCAAUCAUUGUGUUUUCGCGGUCCUUGGGCUUGGCUGGUGCUCAUACUCAUCUGUUGCAUUGGCAUCGGUUUGAUCAUGUGGCUGUUUCGAAAGUGCGUACAGGGUCCAUACUACCGCAAGAAGACGCGUAUCGAUGGCAAGGUGGUUAUUGUCACCGGCUGUAAUACGGGCAUCGGCAAGGAGACAGCUUUGGAGUUGGCGCGUCGUGGUGGACGCAUUUAUAUGGCUUGUCGCGAUGCCGCGCGUUGUGAAGCCGCCAGACUGGAGAUCAUCGAACGUACACAAAAUCAAAAUGUCUUCAAUCGCACACUAGACUUGGCAUCGCUCUCGUCGGUGCGUCAGUUCUCCGAACGUUUCUUGGCCGAAGAGCAACGCUUGGAUAUACUCAUAAACAAUGCCGGCAUAAUGGCCACACCGCACAAACUCACCGUCGACGGCUUCGAACAACAGUUUGGCGUCAAUCAUUUGGGUCACUUUUUGUUGACAAACUUGCUGCUGGAACGUUUGAAAUCCAGCGCACCCAGUCGCAUUGUGGUUGUCUCUUCCGCCGCUUACAUCUGUGGGCGCAUCAACAAAGAUGACUUGAAUAGCGAGAAGCAUUACUCGAAAUUUCUGGGCGCCUAUUGUCAGAGCAAAUUGGCAAAUAUACUCUUCACGCGCAAGCUCGCCGAGUUGCUGAAGAACAGCGGCGUUACCGUCAAUUGUGUGCAUCCGGGCAUUGUGCGUACGGAAUUGGGACGCUAUAGCAUCGCCACGCACUGGUUCAAUGCGAUUUGGUUGCGCGUUUUCGGUUGUUUCGUGAAAACGCCCAAAGCGGGCGCGCAGACGUCAUUGCGUGUUGCGCUAGAUCCGGCGUUGGAGAAGUGCAGCGGUGAAUUUUACGCAGACUCGAUGCGUUUUCCGUUAUUAUCGAAGGCGAAGGACAAAGAGAUGGCGGAUUGGUUGUGGCAGGAGAGUGAAAAACUGGUGGGUUUACAGCGUGAGAAUGCGGUGCAGACGAUAGUGGUAAAUCAGUGAGCGAACAAGUGGCAGCUGAUUAAUGGAAGUUUAAUGAGUGAGAGUAGAAAAGGAUUUUUAUCCGAAACAGCCGUCCAGCAUUUCCUUAUAUACAGUUAGUUUUUAAGUCUCUCAAGUGUUUCUACACAUGCAUAUGAAUAAAGUGAAAUUUAACGAAAAUUUUUGGAGCCCAAAGGUA